UUGAGAAAUAAAUUUAAUUGUUCGGAUGCGGUCUAGUUUUUGAUCAUAAGUGAAUAAAAAAGUAACUUGAAUGACAAUUUACAAAGCUAAAUAUGAAAUAUGAUUAUAAAACAUGAUAUUAUUAAUGAAUAAAACUCAAAUUGUUAAGCUGUGUGUAUAACCUACGUGGUGUUAACUUUGCCGCCAAACAAAAUUUUGUAAGCUAUUUAAAAUGAAUUAAACACUAGUAAUAAUUCAUUAAAAUGUUGUAAAAUUUCGCUGUGAAUAUUAUAAAAAUGCCAUUUUGAGAUAAAAGUCGUGAAAUUUAAAUUGGUAAAAUUUGAAUUUCAGUUGAUAUGAAUAUCAAUCUAGUAUACAAAAUGAAGGAUAGUUUAGCAGAUUUUAACGAUAAUAAAACGAAACCAACGCCAAUAGCGAAGGUAGCUCCUGAAUUAAAACAGAAUGCUGAUACGGACAUGGGUAUAACGAAAACUUGUGCUGUACUUGGAUGUGACGAUUGCAAGAAUAUGGACUCAAUUAUGUUUUUUAGGUUUCCUGAGGACUCAAGUCUCAGACAAAUAUGGACAGACCUCACGGGCAGAAAUAAUUGGACUCCAACAGAUUUUUCCUAUAUUUGCAUACAACAUUUCUCUGUAGAUUGUUUCAAAUUAGACAAUGAAGACAGAAUGGUGCUUGUGGAUAAAGCAGUGCCAUCUUUGAAAUUGCCUCGACAUGUUUUAGAGGUUGAAUACAUUGAUGAAGACACAUUAGACAAUGAAGGUGAUAAUUAUACUCAGACUGAGAGUGACGAAGAACCAGAGAGGCCUAAAAAAAUAAUGAAAACCAUCACAUACAAAGAACCAGAUAUUGAAUUACUCAAACUGUUCAGUGAAGUACAAAGAAUGCAAAGGCUGGCUGUCACUCUAAAGCAGAAAUUAAAACACAACAUGAGAAUACACAAUAAACAGAACAGGUUCUUGCUGAGAAUUAGAGAAAUAAUCGAAAUGAAAAAGAAGAUUUUAAAUCAGAAAAGAAAGAAAAAAUGUAGAAUUUUAUUGUCUUUGCAAGACAAAAUCAAGGAAGACACAAGUGGUUUGGUUCUAGCCAUGCCGAUGAGACAAACGGAAGACCUAAAAAAUUUUGCACUUAGUGUUUAUAAAUAUUCUCCUCAAGCAUACAUAUACAUUCGGAAUACCCUGAGAACAAUGUUGCCAAGUACUGAAAUUUUAGAAUCGUGGGUGACUGCAGGCUACCAGCCUAAAAAUGUAGCUUCCAAUAUGAUUAAAGUGGUGGCGGAACAGACUGAAACAUCAUUAUCUUGUAAAGUGACUUUAGGUUAAUGGAAUUCGAUUUAUUAAAUAAAUUAAUUAUGAAGGAAUGUCAA